AUGGUCGAUCGACGCGUGGACUCUGAGGACGGUUCGCGAGCUAAGCGUCAGAAGAUGGACAAGACCGAUACGGAUCCCAGGGACAAUCCGUACCUGGCCCACAUGUAUGCGGACUCGUCCUCGAACGGUGGCUCUCACUCAUGGACCGAUGGCACUAUAGACAAGGACUUACCCUUCGCCAAGUUGAAGAGACAUCAGACAACCUCGGCCCAGGCGAAAGAGGUUGAGGAUGGAGACGUCAACCCUUUCAACAACCGGCCGUUUUCCAGCAAGUACAUGUCGAUCUUGAACACCCGUCGCGAUCUCCCUGUUCAUGCCCAGAGAGAUGAAUUUCUGCAGCUCUAUCAGCGGUCCCAAAUUCUCGUCUUCGUCGGUGAGACUGGUUCCGGAAAGACCACCCAGAUCCCUCAGUUCGUUCUGUUCGACGAUUUGCCACAGACCCAACGCAAGAUGGUCGCUUGUACUCAGCCUCGACGAGUCGCCGCUAUGUCUGUUGCCCAGCGUGUGGCUGCUGAAAUGGAUGUCAAUCUGGGCGAGGAAGUGGGUUACAGUAUCCGUUUUGAGGACAUGACCAGCUCCAAGACAGUCCUCAAGUACAUGACCGACGGUAUGCUGCUGCGUGAGGCCAUGAAUGAUCACAACCUCAACCGAUACAGCACUAUUAUUCUGGAUGAGGCUCACGAAAGAACCAUGGCGACGGAUGUCCUUAUGGGUCUUCUCAAAGAAGUUGUGCAGCGACGGCCGGACUUGAAGAUUAUCAUCAUGUCUGCUACUUUGGAUGCGCAAAAGUUCCAGCGCUAUUUCAACGACGCGCCUCUGCUGGCAGUUCCCGGUCGUACUCAUCCGGUAGAGAUCUUCUACACGCCCGAACCCGAACAAGAUUAUGUCGAGGCCGCCAUUCGCACGGUCCUUCAAAUCCAUGCAACCGAAGCCGAGGGCGAUAUCCUUCUUUUCUUGACGGGUGAAGAAGAGAUCGAGGAUGCUUCACGUAAAAUCUCUCUGGAAGCAGAUGAGAUGGUGAGAGAGGUCGACGCUGGUCCUUUGAAAGUAUACCCACUGUACGGCAGCCUUCCACCGCACAUGCAGCAGCGCAUCUUCGACCCAGCACCGGGCCCCCGCCGUCCCGGUGGCCGUCCUGGCCGAAAGGUUAUCGUCUCAACCAACAUCGCUGAAACUUCGCUGACCAUUGACGGUAUUGUCUACGUUGUGGACCCGGGUUUCUCCAAGCAGAAGAUCUACAACCCUCGUAUUCGGGUGGAGUCGCUCUUGGUGUCUCCCAUCUCGAAGGCAUCGGCACAGCAGAGGGCGGGCCGUGCUGGUCGUACGCGCCCUGGAAAAUGCUUCCGUCUAUAUACCGAAGGUGCCUUCAAGAAGGAAUUGAUCGACCAGACCUACCCCGAAAUUCUGCGUUCGAACCUGUCGUCCACCGUCCUGGAGCUGAAGAAGCUUGGGAUUGACGACCUGGUUCACUUUGAUCUGAUGGACCCUCCGGCUCCAGAAACUUUGAUGAGAGCUUUGGAAGAACUCAAUUAUCUGGCCUGCCUUGACGACGAUGGCAAUCUGACUCAAUUAGGACGUCUGGCGUCUGAAUUCCCUCUGGACCCGGCCCUUGCCGUCAUGCUAAUCAGCUCCCCCGAAUUUUACUGUUCAAAUGAAAUCCUCUCCAUCACGGCCUUGCUUUCGGUCCCACAGGUUUUCGUGCGACCUGCUUCCCAACGGAAACGCGCAGACGAGAUGAAGAAUCUUUUCGCUCACCCCGAUGGUGAUCACUUAUCUCUUCUCAAUGUCUAUCAUGCGUUCAAGGGCGCUGAUGCGCAGGAGAAUCCAAAGCAGUGGUGUCACGAUCACUUCCUCUCAUUGCGGGCUCUGCAAUCUGCAGAUAACGUGCGUAUGCAGCUCCUGCGGAUCAUGGAACGCGAGGAACUUGAGAUGAUCUCCACGCCGUUCGAGGACAAGAAAUACUAUGAGAAUAUCCGGCGCGCAUUAUGCGCCGGCUUCUUCAUGCAAGUCGCCAAAAAGGAGGCUCAGGGCAAGAACAUGUACACAACUGUCAAAGACACCCAAAAUGUUCUCCUGCACCCUUCCACUGUGCUUAGCCAUGAGGCGGAGUGGGUUUUGUACAACGAGUUCGUCCUUACCACGAAAAACUAUAUCAGAACAGUUACGGCCAUUAAGCCCGAGUGGCUCAUGGAUAUCGCGCCUACUUAUUAUGACAUUUCGACCUUCCCUAAGGGCGAGAUCCGCUCCUCCCUCCUCCGUGCCGCGGAGAGACUCUCACGCAAGGAAAAGAUGCGUUCUGAUUCCUCAAGAAGACGAUAG